CAUCUGAAUGAGUCCUUUGGUGCAAAACGUACGGACAAGGAGCAGGAGAACAGGAAAAGCCAAGCCGUAGAAUCCUGGUAGUCCACGUGCUCCUCUCUUCGUCAACUCCGCCUCCGCCAUUCUUCUCUCUUUCCUCUCGGCAUCGACGACAAUCUACACCGCAUUCUGGACGCUUGGGACUAAUCUCAGCCUUUCGCCAGAAAUUGGCCUUUCGUCCAAAACACAGCCUCAGGCUAACAACUCGGGAUGGCCUGGUGCGCCCGUUUUCUUUGCGUCGGGAAUGGCCGAAUCAUCGGCGGCGUGCCCUGAGCGCUUACCAGCCGCUCACACAGCGCUCGUAUAGGUAUGGGCUACUAUUAAUAUUGACCAUUCAUUGCAGGCUAGCGGGUCUCGUCGCUUCCUCAUCAUUGACAAUGUGCGGACAAAGAAGAUUUUUCUUUCUCAUGGCAGUCCAGCCCGUCAGCUUGGAUCUCGCCGUUCAGCUUCAAUCCAUCAGCAAUCAAUGGCCGAGCCCGGCCACUCAGCACACUUCACACGUAUCUAGUGCCGGAAUUUGCCCAGCUAUCGUCAUGCUUAGGUGACUCGGGCCCAUAAAAUCAUAAGCACUACGCUGCUCUUCGGUCGCGACUGAGCGGACACCCUCUCGGCACUCCGUAUGCAAGGCUCCCCAGUCUAAGGAUGCAGCGAUUGCUCAGCCCACCCCAUUGGUCGGUGAUCCCUAUGGUGCCAGUUAGAUCCCAGAGGUGAUCGCCGUUUCGUGAUGACCGGCAAUCUGGUUCGCUCAUACUCGAGGGGACCCAGUCGAUGUGGUUGCAUUGUGGCUCUCCUGCUUUUAAGGCGAUGGAUUGCGCCUCCAAGCGUGUCCUCAAUGUAUCACAUUGAGUACGAGUGAGAAGCUUUUCCCUUCGCUUAUUUAUAACAUCUCAUCGAAGGCCAGUUUCCUCUGAAAGGUUCAAAAGAAAAUCUCACGAAGACUCUUCACACAAUCCGCAAAAACUCACCAUUAUGGAUCACGACGACGAUCUGUCGGAUAUGGUAUUCACCCCUCCCCUUUCCACCCGGUCCGGGAGUCGAGGCUCGCGGCGAGUGAUACAUUCGCCGCAAGAGACCGUGCGACUGUUCUGGGAUCAAUUCAAUACCAAAUUCCCGGGCAAAGUGUACACCGUGCUGCCCAACAACCCGUACGCACGUACCAAGGCCGCGAAGCUUCCCAAGGGGGUGAUCCAAGGACAGGAUGCAAGCAAGUCGUACGAACAGGUCAGGAAGGAAUGCCAGCGGACUGUCGAUCGCAUCGUCAACGAAUGCAAGCGAUUGAACCAGAAGUACACAGAUCCCCAUUUCGACAUCGAGGUCGAUCUCAAAUCCGGGAGACGGCAUUACCUGGAUGGGUUGGAGGAAAAGAACAUGGAGAUGCGCCCUAGGGGGGUAAAACGGGUCACUGAAAUAUUUGAGAAGCCGCAAUUUUUCGUUAAUGGCCCGACUGCUUCCGAUGUCCGGCAGGGCCGAGAUGGAGACUGCUGGUUCAUGGCUGCUCUAUGUACUAUGGGGAACAAGCAGGGCUUGAUCGAGAAGAUCUGUGUCGCUCGCGAUGAAAAAAUUGGUGUCUACGGGUUUGUGUUCUAUCGAGAUGGUGAAUGGCAGCAAUGCAUUGUGGACGAUAAGCUCUAUCUACGAGCAGCAGACUAUGACGAGUCGAUCGAUGAGCGGCCGAUCUGGGACGACAUCAACCGGAACGACACCGAGGAAGAGUAUCGCAAAGUCUGGCAGACAGGGUCUCGGGCGCUGUAUUUCGCUCAGUGUGUAGAUGAGAACGAGACGUGGCUUCCAUUGCUUGAGAAGGCUUAUGCAAAGGCACACGGCGAUUACUCUGCUAUCGAAGGCGGGUUUGUAGGGGAAGCGAUCGAAGAUCUUACUGGCGGUGUUACCUCCGACAUAUUGUCCAGCAAUAUCCUGGAUAAGGAUAGAUUCUGGGAGGAGGAGCUUAUGAAAGUCAACAAGGAAUUUCUAUUUGGCUGCGCUACUGGUUUGUUCUCCAACUGGCUGGACCCAAAAUACCAAGGACCCCCAAGAGACAGAAAGGGUAUCUCGGAGAACCACUCUUAUUCGAUCAUGGAAGCGAGGGAGAUUGACGGCCAUCGUCUGAUUCGAUUAAGAAAUCCGUGGGGCAAAAAGGAAUGGAACGGUGCCUGGGGGGACGGUUCCGAGCAAUGGACUCCUCAGUGGAUGGAAAAGCUUGGCCAUAAGUUCGGAAACGAUGGAUUCUUCUGGAUAUCCUACAACGAUUUACUCAAGAAAUACCAGCAUUUCGAUCGAACUCGCCUCUUUGGUCCUGAAUGGACAGUCACGCAGCAAUGGACUACUCUGAAUGUCCCAUGGUCUGCCGAUUACCACAGCACCAAGUUCAUGGUAAACGUGACCAAGGAUGGUCCAGCGGUCCUCGUCCUUUCCCAGCUUGAUUCGCGCUACUUCAAAGGCCUAGCCGGAGAAUACGACUUCAAACUAAAAUUUCGGAUUCAGAAAGAAGGGGAAGACGACUACAUGGUCCGCAGUAACUGUAGCUACGUGAUGAGUCGAGCCGUGAAUGCGGAGGUAGAACUGAGCCCCGGACGCUACCACAUCUUGAUGAAGGUAACUGCCUACCGAUGCAGCGACAUGGCGACAGAAGAUGUCGUCAGUCGUGUAGCGCCAGUUGGGAGAGAGAAGCUAGUCCAGAUCGGACUAUCCUACGACCUUGCUCACGCCAAAGGUCUGGUCUUUGAGUCUGAGAAAGAGAAACGGGCCCGUGAGGACCGCGAAGCACGCCGCAAGGCAACGGAGAGACGCAAGCUGCGGAAACAGACCAAGAGAAGGCUGCAAAAGGAGUGGAUUCGCGAGCGCAAGAUCGAUGGUCGAAAGCAGAGGCGAGCAGAGCGACUGUCCGCAAAGAGCUCCACGGAGAAUUAUCACCGAUUAGACUCGAGUCGCAGCGUACAAAUCCUCUCUGACGGAUCGGUCCAGUCACCCUUGGACAUGGACUACAGUACGGGGAUCGACUUGGAUAUGAAGCACGUCGGCAACGGCAACGGCAGCGUUCCUACUAUCCAGUGCAACGGCGUCCAUGUGACCGAAUACCACAUGUCGAGCAAAAAGGACUCGGGACGCUCGAGUCUCGACACCUUACAUUCGCCGUCGUUCACGCAACCGCACUUCAAUCAGCAGGAGCUGGAACUCCUGGAUGGAUUUGAAUUUGACUCAGACCUCGACAUGCCGCCCGAGGAGCCAACCGAGCCAAGAGCGUGUCAGCUGUCACCGACAAGUUGUACGGAGGAUAGCAACAUCGACACCUGGAAUGCAGUGUGUGUCGUCGGAUUGAGAGUGUACUCCAAAGAUCCGCAGCUGUCACUGGAGGUUGUUCGUCCUAUACCCGAAGACGAGGCCGAGGCCGCGCUCGACAUGGACGAUCCGGCUGCGAGCGCUGCUUGCGAGAAGGGGCAAUUUGGUCGAAAUGCGGUAUUCUUUUAGGUGAUGCCACAUAAAAGUUUGAAUUCGAGGGAUCUUGGAGGUUUGGAACCAUGUCUAGAUAGCUAGGUUUUAUGUUGCAUUCAUCUCGGCGUCUUCCAAUUGUUUAGAAUAUUGUCACCAGAAUGAAUGUGUUGGUUAUAUCGCAGUACUUUUGCACACAAUGUGUCAACACCACUCGGUCAGCACCACUAAGAAGAAGUCACACAUGGUCAAGACUACCUUAGA